UCGCAUCUAUAGCCGGCGCGGGCGCACGCACCAACCUAAAAAUCCUUUGAUCGAUUAAAUAAAUCAUCAAUUAAACAUUAAAUUCUGUGCAGUGCUGUGAAAUAAUGUGGAUUUAUUUGUGAAGUGAAAAUUAUUUGGAUGCCGAAAUGGGCGACAUAGACACAUGGACAUUUCAGGAGAUAGCAUUCAAAGCAGAGAUGGAUCGUCAUGACGACCCGGAGUCAGAAAAAGAGGCGUGGAUCCUAUGUGGCGAAGACCCCGCGACCAGAAUGAGGAAUAUUGUUGAACUUAGAAAUAUGAUAUACGAGCGAGGCGAGUGUCACCCACACCGUAUGGACGACGCGUUUCUGCUGCGGUUCCUGAGGGCGCGCCGGUCAGUGCCUGCGCGGGCGCAUAGACUUCUAGUCCGCUACAGCAACUUCCGGGAUCAGAACCCGCACCUCUGGCGUGAUAUAGACUGGUUCGGCCUCACUAAACUAGGACAUGUGUUCGAAGGCGUGCUCUUCGAUAGACCUGAUGUUGGCAGACUUAUUAUUUGUAGGCUAGGUUUAUGGGACCCAGAUGAUUACCCAGUAGAAGACCUGGUACGCGGCUGUCUACUACUUCUGGAGAUUGGCAUCAUGCAGCCAAAACUCCAGGUGUUGGGUGGAACUGCAUUACUGGACUGCGAAGGUCUCACCAUGAGGCAUAUGAGGCAUUUCUCACCAGCAAUUGCUAUACAAGCCAUGAAUGUUAUGGGGUUCGCAUUCCCCCUGCACCAGCGAGGAGUGCACGUGAUCAACUGCUCCCGGGUGUUCGAGACGCUCUUCCACUUCUUCAAGCGUCUGGCGCCCGUGGACGACCUGUGGAAAAGAGUGCGCUUUCACGGAUAUGAUCUCAGUUCUUUACAUAAAUGCAUUGACCCAGAAUGUCUGCCAAAGAGGUACGGAGGACAUCGCCAGGAAGUGUCGUUGGAGAAAUGGCUGACGAAGAUCAAGCAGUACAAGAACAAAGAAUUUGAUAAUGAUAUGAGAAACUUAGGAUACGCUGUAGAUUAAGUAAAUUAUAAACGAUGCAAAAGUAAAAGACAGAGAUCUCAUAGUGCCUGCUGAAAUAACGCGAGUUGUUCCCUAUGUGCGUACUAGGAACUCAUAAUGAGCAGGCGUUUCAUUUGGGUGAAUGACUGAAAGUGUGAAUGCACGAUGACAACAAACUUAGGUGAUUGAAAAACAAUAUCCAUGCACAUUAACAAGUAUGUGGCUUACAAGCGUUUCGUAAAAUAAAUCAUCGUAAGUGGGUAAAUUAUCUACCUGAAGACGUAAGUUUUUAAAAUUGAAUUUGAAUCAAAGCCAAGAUUUAAUUUGUGAUAAUAAGUAAAUAUUUUUAAAAUUAUUUUUAUAAAAACUGAGACUGGAGUAUUGUCCUCCUAGUUAAAGUAAAUUAUGUCAGUUAACAGUACAUAGGUACAUAAGCUAUAAUAAAUUGCUCAAAGUGUUGUGACCUUUCUCUACAUACAUAAUAUCCCUAUUUAUAUUCCUAAUAGAUAUUAAAUAAUUCUGUACCGUAUAUUUUAGUGCCUUUAUCUACAUAAAGCAAUAUGGUUGUAUUCUUUUAAGUUUUUACUAUAUAAAGUU